UUGUUCUUAGGUCUGCUGAUGACUGAACUGAGUUUUUAUUAUUUUUUUAGACUAAAAAUGCGUGUGGUAAAGUAAUUUUUGAAAAAUUAUCUUCUGUUUACGUUCUAAAAAUAAAUAUAUUAUAUGCAGAUGGGUCUCUAUACCAAGAUUUAAAAAACAAGUUAAAUCACAACUGCAUUCUGCAUUUUGCAUACACUGUUUGGAUAUUCAAAUAACGAUUUGGAUGGGAUCAUUAAAAGUAAUGUGAACUGAGCAUAAAUCUAUUGAUAGCACAAAUGUUAUUUACAAUCUCCGUCUCAAAUGUUUCCGCAAAAAUCCUAGGAACGAAUCAAAACAAUAUCGUUUGAGGCGAAGACCCCUCAACCUCGAACUCGUACAAGAAACGACCUUGGCAACAUGCAAACUGACGACGAAGCUCCCGUCACCAACCAGGAAGACAUAGACACGUCGUCUGAGAACGUAAAUAAUAAGAGUGAUACAUCUAAAAAAUCUGAUGCUGAGGAUCCCAAACCUCGCAUAGUACUCACUUUCCGGUCUGAAAAGUCAGGUGCUAAGAGUACUAACAUGAAAAUCGUUUCCACUGAGGAGAAACACGAGGAAAUCUCUCCCAGGAGGUCCAGUAGGACUCGAGGAAUCAAAAAGGAAUCAGACGAGGACAUGAGUAAUGUAAGCCAUAUGGAAUCUGAGGAUGACUCCAGGGACAGUACACAAAAGAGAUCAACUAGACGAAUAAGUAAAGAGUAUUCAGAUGUAAUAGCAAAUGCUAUCGCAAGGAAGGAGAAGGCUUAUGAUAUUUUAACACCUAGCCAGAGGUUGUCUCGGCGGAUCAAGCCUACAGCUAAGAUAUUAGCUAAUGAAGAGCUGCGUAUGGGUUUAGAGUCGCAGAAUAAUGCUCGCCUUGGCAAACCAACUGAUAAAGCUGAAGAAGGUAUAAGAACAAGGCGAUCUGCACAAGUCAGGAAUGUUGAGAAGCCAGCAGAGAAAAAGGCGUCAAAACGCAAAGUCCAAGAGGAAGCUGCAGCCGAUAGUUCAGAUAGAGAAAGUGAUAGCUCCAAUAAGAAAUUGAUGCAUUUAUGUAACCUAGGUCUGAAGGUCAAAGAUGAGGAAUCUAGUGAAGCUGAAAACAGAAAAACAGAAAGUUCAACCUACGAGGCGGCAGAGGACGAAGAUGAUGAAGAAGAUGACGAUGAUGAUGAUGAUGAUGAUGACGAAGAGGAUGAAGAAAUCGAUGAUGAUACUGAGGUGAUCAGCAAGCUGUUGGAGGCGGAUGAAGCGAGCGCGAGUGAUGACGAGUUCUGUCCAGAAGUAACGGUCAAGAAAAAACGCUCCAAGAGAAACUCCUCACUCGCGCCCCUGCGUCGUUCGUCCCGCAAAGCAAACUCCGGAAUGUAUUACUACGACGAAUUCAUUGACGACCGGGAUGACUCUGGCGACAGGUACUUCCAUUCAGUGUUACGUGACUAUGCGCCGAAACGUAAUUCACGAUCUCACGAUGAUGAGGAGGCGGUACCACCUUCAGAUGGGGAAGCAGACACAAAAGUCGCAACAGAAGCAGCCAGCGCUGAAGAGGCUUCCGAGGCAGCGUGCCCGACUGACUCCUCAACCAUAGUGGCAACUUGCCAUUGCGAGGAGUCCACCAAUAUAUACGCUGCACCUUCGGAACUCAAUGCACCAGUCUUCUGCCAGGCCAUCGAACUGGUGGAUGGGGUUCGAGUGGGUUGCUCGCACGCCGCGGCUCGGGACGUCGGCGGGGGCUUGCAAGCUCUGCGACGCGCGGGCCCGCGGGCACCGUUCUUCCUGGCAUGUCGACAACACUCCCAGCAGCUUACCAAACAUAUGUGCUGCCCCACUUGCGGAUUGUUCUGUACACAGGGUAUAUUCUACCAAUGUUCGAAAGAUCAUCUGUUCCACUUGGAGUGCGGCAUAGCGUCCGGCGACAAGCAGAAGGUGGGCUGUCCGCACUGCGGCGUGUACUCGUACCGCUGGCUGCCCGUCAACAAGGAGGUCACCCGCGUGCGCGUAGACAUGCACUGCAGCAACAAGAGAGUGUUCCUUCCCGACCAGCGAGAGCAAUGCGUUCCAGCUUUCCUCGGCUUCUCGUCACUGGAACCCUCAAAACUGGAUCAAAGUCCUUCAAUCCCCGAGGACCUGCUACCGUCACUACCAACAGAUUUAAAGUCGCUAUUCGAGGGUGCGGUCGAUGAGGAGAUGUCCGACCAUUCCAUCCAAGUUUUGUUCGACGCAAUAAUGGCUGGGGAUCCCGUUGAACAACUCUUACCUAAAAUUGUACGGGGCGAUCACAUAAACGCACCGCUCGCGCAGCUGGAAGGCGGCACGUGUGUGCACGCGGCGGCGGCUCGAGGCCGACUGAGCGCGUUAUGCCUCCUACAGUACGCGGGGGCUAACAUCGACGCAGUUGACAACACCACUAGGACUCCUCUCAUGAGAGCGAUACUGUCACUAUUAGAUAAAGAAACGCCAGAAGAAAUCCCCGAAGACAUAGAUGAGGAAGCUUGUGAGAAAAAAGAAGUAAAAGCUAUCGAAGAAGAUAUAGAAGUAAAAACAGAAGAAAUUGACCCAGAAGAUAUAGUUAAGAAAGAAAGAGAAGAUAUAGAAGACGAAGCCACGAAGGAAGAUACUAAUAAUCAAAAAGAGGAUAUAACAGAGACAGAAAACAUUGUAGUUAAACAAGAGUGCGAAACAGAUAUAGCAGAUGAUUUAAUAAAAGACGAUAAGAGCGAUUUAAGAGACGAAGAACAACUUGAUGACCUCAGUAAGACGAGUGACGAGGAUCUCGUUAAAGUUAUCAAGUAUUUAGUAGCGGUUGGCUGUGAUGUUGACAAACAGGGCCCCGAGGGUAUGACAGCACUGCACCUCGCGGCACACCACGGUAGCGCGGCAGUUUGCUCACUCCUCCUGCAGUGCGGCGGUGCGCAAGUGGACGCACGCGACCAGGGUGGCUGGACCCCGCUCGUGAGAGCCGCCGAGAACAAGCACCAGGAGGUGGUCAAGUUGCUACUGGACCACGGGGCGGACCCGGCGGCGAGCGAUAACGAAGGCAACAUGGCGGUGCACUGGUGCGCUCUGAGCGGCGACGCACGCUGUCUGGCGCUUCUUCUGCGAGCGGCGCCGCACACGCUGAACGCACCCAACGCGCACACAGACACUCCGCUACACGUAGCAGCCAGGGAAGGCCACCACGCAUGCGUGGUGAUACUCCUCGCGCACGGAGCAAAAACCGACCUCGAGAACUCUGCAGGCGAGUUGCCGAUGGAGAUCAGCGCCGGCCAGUGUCGAGACGCCAUUAAUCUCAACAUGCAAAUGACGCUGGCGGUCAAGCAUAAGAUUCCCCGGAAUAGGAUUCUAUCGAGCGACAUUUCAAACGGCCGUGAACUGUACCCGGUGCCGUGUGUCAACGAGGUGGACGACGCGACGCUGCCCGAUGAUUUCGUGUACGUGUCGCAGCACGUGACGCACUCUCACAUACCGAUCGACGACUCCAUUGAAACUCAGCAGGGUUGCGCGUGCGCGGACGUGGAGUGCGGCGGCGCGUGCGCGUGCUGCGUGCUGGGCGUGCGGCGCUGGUACGUGCGCGGCCGCCUGCCGCACGACUUCCCGCACCACGACCCGCCCAUGCUGUUCGAGUGCAACCAGACCUGCGGCUGUAACCUGAAGCGCUGCUCGAACAGAGUGGUGAGCGGCGUGCAGGCGGGCGGGUCGCUGGGUGCGCGCGUGCAGGUGUACCGCACGGCGCGGUGCGGGUGGGGACUGCGCGCGGGCCAGCGCGUGCCGCGAGGGGCGCUAGUGGCGCUGUACCGCGGGGAGCUGUUGGCGCGCGAACAGGCCGACGCGCGCGCCAACGACCACUACAUGUUCGCGCUGGACCUCAAGCCGGACCUACUCGAGGAGUGCAGCGACAAAACCCAGCUCUGCGUGGACGCGGCUGGUUACGGCAGCGCGGCGCGAUUCAUGAACCACAGCUGCCGGCCAACUGUGGCGCCCGUGCGCGUGUUCACCAACACUCGCGACCUGCGGCUGCCCAACGUGGCCCUGUUCGCGUUGAGGGACCUGCCCGCCGGCUGCGCGCUCACAUUUGAUUAUGGCGACAAAUUCUGGUCAGUGAAGUCGAAAUGGAUAAAAUGCGAAUGUGAAUCCCCAGACUGCAGAUAUCCGACUAAAACGGUCGAAGAAAUGGAAACCUAAAUUGUAUGAAGAAUUAAAUGUUAUGUUUUUUUUCAUCCAUUGUAAAUAUAAUUGUUAUUUUAAUUUUAUUUAAUUUUUGUACUAUUAAGACUGUUACAAUAAUAGUCCACUCAAUAUAAUUUAUAGAUCAUA